AUGCCGAAACCAAGGACUCGCAACCUUCAAAACUGCUUCAAAACCGGCAACGAAGCGCUGCACGCCUGUCUCUGCGAUGAUGAGCUUCAAGAGCUACAACGACUACUAAGUACCUCGUCUCCGCCGGAUAUCGAGUACAUGGCCCAUGGAUUUGGUCCGCCGCUUCAUUUUGCUGCUUCAUUUGGAAAAUCUGAAGCAGUGGAGAUAUUGCUAGAUGCUGGUGCAGAUCCUCUUCCAGUCUACUCCGAUAAUUUGACGGUGAGUUCGAACGCGCUCGGAUUUGCUGCCCAACAUGGUCAUCGAGAUAUCGUCAAGCGCCUCUGGAUGUCUCGUUGCCCAGAGUGCCAUAUACAUGGGCUCAAACACGGUCAGAUGAGUCUUGUUACUGCCGCGGAAUACGGACACGUUGCUAUUGUCAAAGAUUUGUUAGAGUGGUGGAAUGGCUGGUCACAGGAUUUGAAAAAUCACGCAUUGUUUUUUGCCGCACGACGUUGGCAUCUUGGAGUGGUGAAUCUGCUGCUGAACGAGGUUGUAUACGAACAAUCCACCAUUCAAGAGGCGCUGCAUCUCGCUGCAAGCCUUAAGCACAUGCUGAGUGAGGAAUAUAUCAAGGUUAGUUACCACGGCAUCGACUACAUCAACCAACAACUCCUGGUCGCGUUGCUCAUUGAUGCCGGUGCCAACCCAAAUUCACUUGUCCGGAAUUCUUGUCCGCUCAUAUGUAGUGUUGCCUACCACUCAGAUUUCAUAGGCGUGGUUAAGGUCCUUCUUGAGAAGGGCGCAGAUCCAAACAUGGCCGACCAAGAGGGCAAAUCUGUUCUACAUGAUUUGGCCGAGCCAGUUCAAUCAGGUGAUUCCACUAUUCCGAACGAAACUGCCAUCCACCUUUUACUACAACAUGGAGGUUCUGUGUCUCAGCCAGACAGCGCGGGCGAGUGCCCGUUGCACAUGGCUGCUUAUGGACUCGACUUGCGUCUUUUCCGUCUGUACCUAGACUCUGGCUCAGACCCAGACCACCAGCGAAAUGCUCGAUUACAGUUAAAAAACAAUGGCAUGGAGACAUUGCUUCAUUUCGCCGCCGUAGGAGGACGUAUUGAGGUAAUCGAGUUCCUGAUUACUCAAGGUUUGGAUAUCAACGCAAUAAACUCCAACGGCUGGACCCCUUUGAUGUGUGCCCUGACACCUAUGGGAUGUCCAACAACCAAAACAUCAACCAGAGCAAUGCAAGCAGCUGAGUGCCUUCUUUCUCACGGUGCAGAUGCUAGUAUCACGACUGAUGAGGGCUGGACGCCACUACAUGUUCUUGCACUUCAUUGCGAUCUCGACAUACGUGGUAAAGCCGCGGAUCUCACACGAGAAUUGAUAACUCGGGGUGCGGACCCAGGUACCCGUGCUCCUCUAUUAAGCACGCAAGUCAAAGGACGACAAUUUUUGACGCCUUUGCCAUGGGGACAUCGUUUGCGAGACGUGAUGGCCGACCCCUCGAAAAUGAAAAUGAUCAUCCGACCUGGACUGACACCGGUAUACUGGGCUGCCGAGCGCGGGGCUCUGGGUGUAAUCAAAGCGUUAGUAGCACACGGUGUUGAUCUCGCGUUAACAGGUAAGGGUCAAAUGAGUCCGGCCAGAAUGGCGGCCGAAUCGGAGUACUUGAGGGAGCAAAACAAUCUUGUUGAUGAGAUUGUAAUUUUAUUACUGGCGAACGGCUCGGGAUUCUACUAA